AUGGAAUCCACACUAUUUACGUCAGAACGGUUGGAAAUUGUUCAGCACUGCUGCAUGGAGGAAAUGAAGUCGAGCGUCACUCCUGCACGCCUUUGCACUGUCAUGGGAAAAUAUUUCAUCAAAUACGGCUUUUGUAGCUAUCUAAGAUUCCAGUACCACACUCAGAAGUACAUCUAUAGGAUGUCUGCGGAGGACCCAGAAGCUCCACAUGUUCCCCAACCGGUGGAUUUCUUUAAAGCAUCCAAGGGGGAGAUUGAGGAUAUGGAUGACGACUUCAGCGAACAUGAUGAUAGACGGUGGUACUUUGUGAUGGAGAACAUUGAGGGCGCAUCUCCAGCGGAUACAUCGUACGAGGGAGUAGCGAAGGCAAUUCAGUGGCUACGCGACGUGCCUAUUCCUCCCGGGGCAGGCAUAGGAGACCUUGGAGGCGGCUAUGCGCAUAAUAGGUUUUUUAAAGAUUACGAUGCCCCUCUACGCUUCGAGAGCAUUGAUGCACUUGAGAGAUACGUGAACAAGGGAGUCGAUCAUACGCAUCCGUACUCAAGGCCAUCAAAAGUAAGUUUUGCAGGGGAAAAACUGGUUUUCACCCAGUCGGACAUGGCCCGAAGCAACUUUCUACUUGAUAAAAGUGGAAAGGUGUGCCUUAUUGACUUCGAGAUGGUCUCGAUCCUUCCCGAAUCCUUUGCACAAUUUACAGUCCGUGCUAUGAGUUUUCAGGACAAAGAGUUUGGAAAGAAUGUAGCAGCCUGCUUAAAUUGGCCCAUCUCUCCCAACUACCGUUCAAUGGCAAUAGUUAGUGGGAUCCUAUUGAUGAUGGGAAGCGCAAAAUUGGGUAAGCUCUUUAAUACGGAAUGGUUAUAUCUAUUUGCUCAUUUUGUUUAG